AUGCAUUCUACGAACUGGGUAACCACGCCGACUACGCAAUCGAACGUUUCAUCAGCCGACGAUAUCGUUGCCGGUCUCCAGUUUGCCAAACAGCACAACGUCCGCCUCGUCGUCAACAACACUGGACAUGAUUAUGCAGGAAGCUCCACCGACAAGGGAGCUCUCGCCCUGUGGACACACAAUUUACAAGGCCAUGAAGUUAUCCAGAACUACGAGAGCAGCAACUAUACCGGCCCAGCUGUGAAGCUUGCAGCGGGUACGCAAGGCUACCAAGCCAUGGAGUACAUGCGCGCAGUCGGGUACCGAAUGGUGGGAGGAGAGUGCCCAACGGUGGGAAUCGCCGGUGGCCACACGUUGCUCAACAGCAAGCACGGCAUGGCAGCCGACUCAUUAAUCGAGUGGGAAGUUGUGACACCCCAAGGUUAA